GUGAAAAGUUUGCGAAGUGCAGUGCAUAAGAAUCCAGCCGGGAGUAAAGUGAUUAAAUUCGCACCUGUUUUUUUUUAAAGACCCAAAUUAUCUUCAGCUAGUACACGGCCAACCCAAAACAAGAAUCCACCGGUAAUCGUAAUCGCCAAUCCCGGGACCCAUCGGCUGUUCCUCAGCCAUCGGUUUACCAUCAGGUGGCCGGAGGACCGACUAAUUCCCAUCCAAAGCAGGAUGGCCCCUAAGAAUCAUAAUGCUCUUAUGCUGUUCGUAACGGAGUGGCAGAAUAAUAACUUCGAGGGUCUUAAAAUGACCAUAGAGCAGGCUAUUGCGCAUUGCGGCGAGAUAUGCAAGGUAAUGACCACUCAGGAACGGGGAUCCUACAACUCAGGAGCCAAGGAGGUCUUCGUGAUGAAACGCAACCAUAGGAUGGAAAGCCACGAGUCCUACGGGCCGCCAGUCUUCCAGGUGCAGCAGGCCAAACGAGAGGUGGACGAAAGUAAGAACCACUUAAAACGCACCAUCGAGGGCUUGUUAAUGGAUGCCCAGAAGUCACAUGAUCUGGAGGACGUCAGGGCCUUGGAACCACCGAUGUCUGUGUGCCCGCCCAGUACUGCCUGAAAAAUGGUGUCCGCUCCAGUUUUCCUGAAAAUCCCAUCUAAGGACGGGCCAGAGAUGUCCUGCACCACUCGUCCACCACGCACAAUCUGCCACUGCGACCUAACGCUCUCGGUGGGAACGUGUACAGGUUGUACCAGAAUAUUAUCGACUUCUCGGCCAAGAGCCAGGGGCUCGAGCCAUGAACUGUGCUCACCGCCAAGGCCAAUAGUAAUAUGGCAAAUAUCAGCUCUUCCUAAUUGGACGGGGAUGACCCCGAAGACGCAUUCGGAGUCAGAUCCCUGACAUUCUAUAUUUGCAAUAUCGAAUGUCACGGACCUGGAUCCCUUGACCUCCUUCUUCAGUGUCUUCCUCGUCCAAGAAGUUAGGGUAUUUCUUAGCCAUAUUAAUA